CGACUUCAUUUUGGUUAAUAACAAUGGUAGAGACUUCUAAUGGCAUUGAUCUUAACGUCACACCCUUCCACAAAAAUGAUGAUACCAAUAAGAUUAGUGAUGGUUUGGAAGGAGAGCUAAGCCAAAUGAAUUUGGAGAACAAGAAGCUAAGGGAGAUGCUUAAAGUUGUUUUGGAAAGCAACAAUUUCCUCCAAAAGCAUGCUAACAAACUAAUGCAAGAUCAACAUUUAUCGGUAUGCAAUCAAGAUAAAAGAAAAUUCGUCGAGUCUGAUGACUGCAACACUAGUGGAAGCAUGGAUCAAUUUCAUCAUCUAGGAUCAAUGAAACGUACAAACAACGGCAUUAGAAAACUUUAUAGACAGGCGGAUCCAUCUGAUAAAAGCAUGGUAGUAAAAGAUGGAUAUCAAUGGAGAAAGUAUGGGCAAAAAGUUACAAGAGACAACCCUUCUCCUAGAGCGUAUUACAAAUGCUCUUUUGCUCCAUCCUGCACAGUUAAAAAGAAGGUACAAAGAAGUGUGGAUGAUGCCCAUAUCCUAGUCGUGACUUACGAAGGUGAGCAUAACCACGAAAGCGUGGAGAAUGAACAUCUGAAUCUAAUAAGUAACACAAGGUGUAACUUACCAAUUAUGGAGGUGGGGAAAUAUGAUGAUGCCCUUGUUGAAAAAAUGGCUAAUUCCUUAAGAAAAAACCCAGAUUUCAUUCAAGAGCUAGCAGAAGCCAUUUCCUCCAAGAUUUUGGAAUUUUGAUUUGUUUUAAGCAUGUCAAUUUCCAAAUAAUUGUGCAUACAUAUGAUGAUCAUAUAUGUUA